UCACCCAGCGAAGAUGUUCAAAGUUGUUUUCCUUUUGUGCGGAGUGUUGGCUGCCCUCAGCCAAGCUCGUCCUAGUUAUCUGCCCAGCUAUGAGCACGUGGAGUAUGCCCCCAGUGUGGUGGGCUACGAAAGCUAUGCCCUGCCAGCAGCCGUCUCCCACCAGAGCUCCACGGUGGUGCACGAGAAGCGCCCCUACUGGCGCCCAAUUGUGGACCAUACUCCGCUCCUGAAGGCGGCCUAUGCCCCGGCCACCUCCAUCUCCUACGCUCCCCUGGGCUACGCCAGCAGCAGUGCUGGAUGGUAUGAGCCGGGAGUCUGGGGAGGAGCCAGUUACCCCAGCAUCUACCUGAAGUAGAGGAGCCCUCAAUAGGAAUAUACACCCACUGAAAUCUCAUUCUGCAUAUAUGCUACAAAUUUGUACCUAUGAAACAUUCAACUUUUCUCCGACUAUGUGAAAAAUACAAGUUCAAAAUACCAACUAA